UAUAUACUUAAAUCACAGUUUGUCACAUACAAACGUCUUUAAGCAAGAUGGCGAGCACAUUGCUUGCCGUUAGACUUCUGGCAGUUUUGCUCUUGGGUAUAAAAUGUGUUUUCGGAAAUGCUUGUGAUUGUGAGACGGUUAAGGAUAUACUGACCGAUGAAAUUUUUGAUCUUAAGGCUGAAAAUAAACAACUCGAGACUAGAAUUGAAAAGAUGGAAUUGAUGAUGCAGACAAAGACUCCAAUCUCGUACCAAUCAGGCAAAAUAGACACGGAUCGAAUUGAGAUGAUGGAAACCAGAAUCAGUGCUAUCGAAACAAAAAUGCCUGAAAGCACAGACUAGCCGAAGAACCAGUUACAACUGCAAAACUUGAUAGCUAAAGCUCUGCGUUCAGAGAAGGUAGAACGACACAAAUCGGAAUUGAAAGUAGCAACAGGUCUAAAGAAUAUCAAUGACAGCCUGAAGGCGUUCAACGUGCAAUCGGAUAAUGUUUUCGCAUCUCAUAUUGCAAAUAUCUCAGAUCGUUUACUGGACAUUAAAACGGAGUUGUCACAAAACUUUUCUGUCUUCAGAAAGGGAGUAACGGCCGUCAGUAAUUAUGCAGCAAAGUUGGCCCAUGAGACGAAGUCAAUUAUUGAGAAUAAAGUAAAAACAAUCGAGAUGUCCAUCGAUGCCACGAAACACAACGUUUUAAAGCUGGGUGCUGAUUUAAACACUGUCAUAGAUAAUGUUAAAACCGAGCUGUCAGAGAACAUUUCCGUUCUCAGAAACCAAGUUACCACCGUCAAUAAUUACGCAGAAAAGCUGGUACAUCAGACAAAUUCAUUAAUGGGGAAUAGAAUAACAACAAUUGAGAUGUCCAUUGAUGCUACGAAACACGACGUUUCAAAGAUGGAUGCUGAUUUAAACACUGUCAUAGAUAUUGUUCUUCUGGAUCAAGCUGCGACAUGCAAACCAAACUGCGCUAACGGCGGUGUGUGCUUCAGAGACAACAUGUGUAAGUGUAAACCUUUCACAGAAGGACCCCGCUGUGAGAAAGUAAUUUGUGAAGACAAAUGCUACGAGAACGGAGGAAGAUGCGUAGGUCCUAGAAAAUGUGAAUGUCCAGAAAAUAGACACGGACCGAACUGUGAGCAAUAUUACUGUAUAGUACCAGAUGAAAUAGACCAACGUUUAUCGAUAUUUGACAGAAAGCGUGUUACAAUUUCUAGCGGUUCCCUUGUUGAGGAUGGAAACUUUGUGUUUUUCAAUUGCUCGGACGUGGAUGAACUUGGAUACGAACCUUGGAAUAGACAAUUCAAAUGUCACAACGGUCUUUGGGUAGAAAGUGAAAGAGAUCGUAAUUGGAAGCUUGGAAAUAAUGGUGCAUUUCCAGCCUGUAGGAAAGCUGUGUGCGAACCUGAGUGUCUUCAUGGUGGUGUUUGUUUCAAGGACGACAACUGUCGUUGUAAAGAGUUUUUAGAGGGGAGACGAUGUGAAAAAGUUGUUUGUGAAGACAAAUGUUAUGAGAACGGAGGAGAAUGCAUCGGUCCCGGAAUAUGUAAAUGUCCUGAGGAACAAAGUGGUCCUAACUGCGAACCAAAAUCCGUUUAUUACAUAAGUGUGAAAACAGGAUGGGGAAUAGGCGCUGGAACGGAAGCGAAGGUAUAUAUUACUCUACAUGGACAGAAGGGAAAGACAGACAAAAUAUAUCUGGAGGGAGAAUUUGAACGUGGCGGUUCGAAUGAGACUAGAAUAGAAGCUAAAGAUAUACGUCCGAUUACCAGCGUUGUGAUAGGGCAUGACGGCAGUGGCAUGAGUCCUGAUUGGUACCUUGAAUACGUUUCAAUAUAUGUAGAGAACAUGGAAGAAUAUUACGUAUUUAGGCAUAAUGACUGGGUGGAGGUGGAAAGAGAUGUUCUUUUGCCUAGACAAGGGCUUGAUGAACAAAAAUGCAUCGAUUCGUUUGAUAGUGGUCAUAAGUGGUGGCCAAAAUGGAGUGCCAUAGGAAGUAAAGACAAGUAUGUUAUUAGCAGAGGUCGAAGAAUGUCACUGAGAGAGUGUAAACAAGCGUGCAUCAACCUACAGGACAUGCAGUGUAAAGCAGUGAUGUAUCACAACUUUAGGAAAACUUGCUUGGCUUUUGCUGUAUCCGAUACACACUAUUUUUCUGAAAGGCAUGGAACAUGGAAUUCACCAGUGUAUUUACGAACAUGCAAACAAUUUGACUGAAAACCAGUUAUAGCAAAGGGAGCGAUUGUCAGUGAAAUGAUUAUUUGAUUCUGAAUGUAUUUCUAUUGUUCUGUACCAAUGACAGUGAUGAUAACACAGUUUAUGAAAUAGGUUUAUUGUGCCCAGAUUUCAUAUUUUACAUAUUUUAAUAACAAUAAUUAUUACCCGUAACUAUAUAAGAUCUAGGUAAACUUAAAUGAAAAUGUUUGUGUUGCUGUAGUGUGCAAUAGCUUACAUAAAAUAACAUUUUACGUUCAGACAAAUAUAAUAUAUUGGACUUAACACCAUGUAUAAUGAUGAAAUAUCUUAGCGAAAUAUGAAGUAAAAAAUGAGCAAACUACAUCUUUGAGUAGGAUUCACGUUACAUUACGCGCUUAGAUAGUGUUUGGGCUGUCAGUAGUCAUUACAGUUUAAAUAGUUUUGACUAUAAACGGGUUAGCAAUUAAGUAAUUUAUUACACUACAUCAGACGUUUUGAUAGUUUUAGUUUUGUACAGCAAACCAGGAUGGGUUAGGAUCAACGGCAACAAUAAUGAUAGUUAGAUUUCUCGUCGGAACUCAAACGUCAGUUGUCGGGACCGGUGCCAUAUUGGAUAGAAUGGUUACAGACACGUUCACUGAUACCAGGUAGAUGCUGAUACAUAAGCUAAUUCGACUAUUUAAUUAUUAUUAAGUUACAAAAAAGUAAUAAUACUAAUGCAUAAGGGUCGUCCAUUAAUUGGUACGACAUGAUCAUGUACAGGGGAAAAGUUUCUAAAAAAAAAAAGAUUACGGCUUCCUACUCAAUCUUCUAUCAAACAAUUACGUCAAUAAAUGCUGUUCAAUUAAACUAAAUUAUUAUCGAUAUGGGUUAUAUGCUUUAAACAGAAAUAUGUUAACAACCUGACAUAUAGUUUGACAUUUUAUUUUAUUCUCAAACCAUCUAAUGUAAUUAAUUGAGAAAAAUGUACAAAUAUGUUUUCUACGAACCAAUGUUUAUAUGUAUUUUGAACAAAGAAAAAGACCAGAUUAUGCCCCACAAAAUACAUGUACAUUUUUGUACUACAAAAUGAAACCAAAAAAUAUUUAAGUGCAGUUACUUUAAUGUGUAAAAGCAAGAUACUGAAUAUGAAAGUACUAAAAUAUGGUCAAUAAAAUAGUUGAUUGUUUUUAAAGCAGUUGUAUUUAAACUUCGUCAAGCAUCUCAAAUGUUACAUUUUUACGUACCUUUCAUUUAACACAGACAUUUUGUUGAAACAAACAAUUGUAAAAUCUGAAUUUCUAAAAUCAUGUGGAUGUUUGGGUCCAGGAACUGGAAAUUUCUGAGAUGCUCUUGAGUGUCUCCCAUCUGACUAAGAGGCUUAUACUGGUUCUUCCCAGGAAAGACGGCUUUGCGUGUAUCGGUGCUAUACACCGGGCACGUUAAAGAACCAGACUGUCUCUCUGUUCUCUCUGUCUGUUCUGUGGGCUUUAUCAUGCUCACUCUGUCCCUCUGGUCACGUCGCUCUGUGUCUGUACUAGUAGAGGAUGAAUUUCGCGCCCUGUGUGGCUGCAUUUGCUAUAUGUAAAGCACCUUUGAACGUGUUUAUCAUGAAAAGGUCGCUAUAUAAAUCUGGUAUAAUGAUAAUAAUAAUAAUUAUAAUACACAAAAGUAGAGUUUAGUUCACUCUGCUUGAACUUUCAUUGUUAUGUAUAUUUUUGUCAUGGACGUUCAAAUGGUUUCAUUUAGAAAAUAGUUGUACAACAGAGUUCGAGUUCCAAUCCAUAUAUUUAAUUAAAACACUUUAAUAUUGUAUUUUUUAUACAUGCAUGUUAACAGAAUCUGGCAUAAUCGUUUAUUAUUUAUUCUAACAUGGCUCGACUUGGUUGCCUGUUAAAUAAAGAAGAAAUUCAAGCACUGUAUAUUUGGUAAUCAUGAGUUGUUAAUUACGACGCAUCUGAACGAAAAUAAAAACAAACAAACA